UGGCUAGCGUACUUUUUCAAGGACAAAAAAUACCCAUGCUUUAUAUGAUUCGCCUACAACCCAGCUUUUUCAUCACUGAAGCUAGAUCUGCACAAUUCACACCCACAAGAAAGAUGGAAGCUCUCCUCUACCAAUUCACCCUCCUCUCAGAUCUAGCCUUGCAAGACAAGAGCUUUGAUCCAUCCAACAUUGAAGACCUCAUGAAGCUCUUCGAGAUCGAAGCAUACAAGUCAUGGGCAGCCAUGGAGCAAGAACAGCGAAAGGAAGUUGAAGAGGCCGAGACCGAGUUGCAACAAGCCGAGGACUACCUUGACUCGGUUUUGGAGAGCGCCAUGGACGAGUUUAGACGCUUCGAGGCGGAACUCGAAAACAGGUCAAAGGCUGAGCUGAAAAGCUUGGUGGAAACUGGCGAGAAUGCGAGAAAGAUGGGGAACUUGAUGGAAAAGGCUGCAACUGUUGCUUCCAAAAGGUAUAUGGAGGCCGCACUGAAUUCUGCAACUGCUUCCAUGAAAUCAGCUUGGAAGGGACUUUCAUCCAAAAAGGUUCAUCCUUCUUAAAAAGGGAAAAAAAUUGCCUUCAACAUCAUCAUAAAGAUAAGAUCAAAAUGGGAUAUUUCUCUUUCUAUUUCCUUGUUCUGUUUUGAGCUAUAAUAUUUAGUGACAUGGGAAAAACUAAUGCCAUGAGAUUCUGAAAAUUUGGGAUACCAACAAUUAAGGCAACUUAAAAAAUGAUACCAUGUUGAAUGCUAAGUUUCGAAAUUUCUGCCAAACAGAUAUGUAAGUUUCGCCAUUA